AGCGUCGGUGUUUUUCAGCGGAGAAAGAGAGAGACUGAAGAAAAGAGAAGGAGAAGAGAAGCUCCAGAUCCUCCACGUUGUUUCUUUACUGGAGGAAAACGCGCAGAAGAAGAGCAAGAAGAAGAAAAGAAGUAAAAAAAAAAAAGAAAAGAAGAAGAAAAAAGAAAAGAAGGAAGAAAGAAGUUUAUGGACAGAAAACAAGAUGUGUGUCUUCCUGUCUGUCUCUCAGGAUGUCAACAGAGUGUGUCGUCGCUCGUAGUUGGACCUGCGGCUCCUCCGGUGGACACACAGAGCUCUGACAGCCCGAUGUUGUGGCUGAGGUCGAAUCAGGACCGGGACCAGGACCAGGAACAAGAUCAGGACCAGGACCAGGACCGGGAUCAGCACCAGGAACAGGACCAGGACCGGGACCGGGAUCAGCACCGGGAACAGGACCAGGACCAGGACCAAGACCGAGAUCAGGACCAGGAACAAGAUCAGGACCAGGACCAAGACCGGGAUCAGGACCAGGUUUAGAUGCGGAUCUGUAAACUUGGAUUAAAGAGCAGAUUCAUACUGAAGUGGACUGAGCUGGUUCUGGUUCAGGAUGUCCUCAGAUCUGGCUGUGGCUCUGGUCUUCAGGCUUCUGCUGCCCUUCACUUUGACUGCAGCCUGUGUGUUGCGGUACAAUGGAUUCUCUCUGGUCUACGUCCUGCUGCUGCUGCUGCUGCCGCUGCUGCCGGACCCCUCCCCCACCACAGGCAACACGAGUCGCUGUGUGAUGGUCUUGUGUGUGUCCAGUUUCCUCUUCCUGUUGCUGCAGUCGUUCUUCCAGCUGACGACGGCAACUCUGCAGCCGGAGUACAACUGUACAUCCUGGCAGCAAGCUCUCGGUCAGCUUGGCCUGGUGAGUCUGACAGGAAGUGAUGCAGGAUCUGCUGUGAGACAGUUGUUUCCAGAUGUUGGCGUGUUGAUUGUCAGUUUGUUGACCUGGAGGCUGAUCGUGAGACUGAACGCUGACAUACACACACAGCAUCAGCAGGAGGAGGAGGGGGACUCUGUGCUUGGAGAGGAGGAAGAGGAGGAAGAGGAAGAAGAGGAGGAAGAGGAGGACGGAGGCAGAAACAGGGUUCUGGUUGAACUGGAGUCACUGUUCUGUAAAACCAGGCAGAUGAUUGGAAACAUGACGACGACUGGAGGGAAAAUUCUGCUGACGGUUCUACUGGGCCUGACAGGUAUCAUGUUCCCCUCCCUCUCCUCCCUCCCCUAUCUUCUCUGUUUCCAGCUGUUGUGUACCUGGUGGGCGUGGUCAGGUCAGAUCCCACCCCUCCUCUUCAGGUGUGUGUCUGUGAUGUCACUGCUCUACUCCUCCUCCCACUUCCUGAUCCUCUACUGCUACCAACUGCCCUCAUUGCAGGAGGCGUGGCCUUCCAACCAAACCUCCACCAGUGUGUUUGGCCUGGUGCCCCUGGUGUUGGUGGACUGCGCUGCCCCCUGGAGGCUGCAGAUGAACACGGAGCUCAGCUGGUUUCACUUCAGUAGUCCUCUGAUGAUGCUGCUGCUCUUUCACACUGUAGCCUGUCUGUGGAGGAAGCAGCUGAUCGGUAGAGACGAGCGGCGGGACGUAGAGAGGUUGGUGUCGGCAGGCAGCCAGAGCAGUGACAUCAUAACUGCCACCAGCGACCUGAGUGAUGAGGUCAUCACUGACAUCACAGCAGGGAGGCGGAGAGAGCUGUGGAGGAGGGCUCACGAUCGACCCGAGUGCAGAGACGUGCUGUUAUCCUCAACCAAUGACAGCCCCUCAGACUAUUUUGCCCCGCCCACACAAAGCACUGCCAUGGGAUUGGAUGUUAACUCUGGACCUAACUAUUCUCUCAGCCAAUCAGACACGUUGGAGACCUGUGUUUUUGAAGAUGAUGACUGGGAGGAGGAAGAGGAGGAGCCGAGGCGGGAGGGGGGAGGAGUCAGUGCGGCCUCCGUGGCGUUCAGCUUCCUCCUCAAACAGAGUUACAUCUGUGCCCUGAUCUCCAUGAUGGCCUGGUCCAUCACAUACGUGUCCUGGCUGACCUGUGUCCUGCUGCUGUGGUCAUGUGUCCUCUGGAUGAUGCGAGAGCGUCGUCGCUACACGUUGAUGUCAUCGCCAUGGCUGGUUGCCUAUGGUAACUUGCUGGUCAUCUUGCAGUACAUCUACAGCUUCCCCCCCAUCCAGGAAGUCCCUGGACUGUUCCCAAGGAAGGACGCCCCCUGUAGGGAGCUCGCCUCCAAGUUGUUGUGUCUUCUGACCUUCUGGCUGCUGCUGCGUCAGACACUGACGGAGAGAAGAGACAGACAGACCGAUUCAAACCUGUCUGUCAUCACUGUUCAUGUGGAGGAGGAUCAGAGAGUCUGCUCUCAUGAUCUGCAGAAGAAGGAGGCGGAGUCAUAUGAGGAGCUGCUGCUCCUGGGGGGAGGAGAAGGUGGAGUUCAGAUGGUUGCUGUGGUAACCAGGAUGUUUGUUAAAUACUGGAUCUACGUCUGUGGAACAAUGUUCUUCUUCGUUAGUUUUGAGGGAAAAAUCGUUCUCUACAAAGUGAUCUACAUGGUCAUGUUCCUGUGCUGCGUCGCCCUGUACCAGUUGAACUAUGAACGCUGGCGUGCCUUGCUCAGGGGUUUCUGGGUAGCUGUGGUGGUUUACUCCAUGCUGGUUCUGAUCCUGGUCUACACCUUUCAAUUUCCCUCAUCCCUCCACACCUGGAGUUACUACACUGGACUCAGCACACACAGGCUGGAGGAUUUUGGCUUGGAGAAGUUCUCGGUUCCUGUUCUCUUCACUAGGAUCUUAAUUCCUGCUGCAUUCUUACUGGUGUGUAUUGUUCACCUGCAUUAUUUCCAUGAGCCGUUCCUGCAGCUGACCGACCUGAAGACUGUGGUGGAUACACAUAACAGCACCAUCACCAGGUUGGUCCACUCUGAUGGCAGCCUGGUGGACCUGUCAGUGGGAGGAGUUCCUCAGGGCCUGCUGGAAAAAGAGAAGAGAAGAGGACGGAAGGAGAGACAGGUGGAGACACAAGACAAGUGGAUAAAGGAGGAAGAGGAUGAACAUUACCCCUGCAUGUUUGACAGGGAAUCCCUGUCGGACCAUAUCCCUGGUAAACACUGCAUCGUCACACCUGAGUCCGAGGGGCUGAGUGUGAAACAGGAAGCAGACUUUGGUGUGUCCUCCUCAGUGCUGGUCUCCUGGAGGUUGGUUGUGGAUCGUCUCUCUGUGUUGUUCCUACGCCUCCUCCUCUCCCUGCAGCGCCUGCAGCGCCUCCUCUGGUGGCUUUUGGAAUUACACAUCGUCAAGAUCGUCUCUUCCUACAUCAUCUGGGUCUCUGUGAAGGAGGUGUGUGUGUUUAACCUGCUCUUCGUGCUGUGUGUGGGCGUGGCUCUGCCCUGCAGGGCGUGGCGCCCCCUACUUUCAGUAGUCUGUACAGUCUGGACGUGUGUGGUGACCGUCUGUAAGAUGUUGUACCAACUCAACAUCGUUCAGCCAAUGAGAUACUCGGCCAACUGCACCAUGCCAGAAAACUCCAGCACCGACCUGUCUCAUUCUGCUUUGUACUCCGGUCGUGUUGACCCCGCCCAGUGGGUGGGGCUUCGCAAGACAGACGGAAAACUGCUUGACUACCUGCGGCAUAACCUGAUGAUAUUAGCGCUGUUAGCAUUCGAGGUGACCAUUUACCGACACCAGGAGCUUUACCGCCUCCGCCGUAAAAUAGUCCCGCCCCCCACCAGAACACUGUUUCAUGACAUCACCAGACGUCACCUGGACGACAACGUUCUCAGCUGCAUGAAAUACUUCUUCAACUACUUCUUCUACAAGUUUGGACUGGAGACCUGCUUCCUGUUGGCCGUAAAUGUGAUUGGUCAGCGGAUGGAUCUGUUCGCCGUAGGCCAUGCCUUUGGCCUCAUCACUGUCCUAUCACGUCGCAGCAGGAAGUGCAUUGCCUCAGUGUGGCCCAAAUACUGCUACUUCCUGUCCGGGUUAUUGUGUUUCCAGUACGUACUGUGCAUCGGAUUCCCUCCUGCUGCCUGUCAAGAAUAUCCGUGGAGACGUCCGUUCUCGAACAUGGACUCCAACGUGGUGAAAUGGCUCUUCCUCCCUGAUCACCUGACACCACCAAACCCACUCUUCCUCCUCUACGACUUCCUGCUCCUCCUCGGGGCGUCGCUGCAGCUGCAGGUAUUUGAGGAGGAGCUUCAGUCCUCUGUUCAGAUCCUCGCAGGAGACAACAGCGAGCUGGACGGAGAUGAUGGACAGAUCUGUGAUCUCAUCAGACGACUCCGGCUCAACACAGUCCCUGACUUCAUGUUGUGCAGGUCUUACCUGGACAUGAUGAAGGUGAUCAUCUUCUGCUACAUGUUUUGGUUUGUCCUCACCAUCAUUUUCAUCACCGGGACAACCAGGAUCAGUAUCUUCUGUAUGGGUUACCUGGUGGCCUGUUUCUACUUCCUGUUGGUGGGCGGAGACCUGCUGCUCAAACCAGUCAAAUCCAUUCUGGUGUACUGGGACUGUCUGAUUGGCUACAACGUGUUUGUCAUCACCAUGAAGAAUAUUCUGUCGAUCCUGGCAUGUGGAUUCAUCAAAUCUUUGGUGUGGAAUCAUUGUUGGCUGAUUCAGCUCUUCAGUCUCGCCUGCACCAUCAAAGGAUACACCAAACCGGAGCAGCAGAGCAGUAAACAGUGUGAGUUGCCUAGUGACGAGGCAGGGAUCAUCUGGGAUGGGGUCUGUUUCUGUUUCCUGUUGCUGCAGCGCCGAGUCUUCAGGAGUCACUACUUCCUGUACGUUGUGCUGGACCUGCAAAAUACACAACUACUGGCCUCCAGGGGGGCGGAGCUCUUCGAGGCAUCGACAGUGAAAGCUGUCAGAGCGAGACUGGAGGUGGAGAAGACGUCCAUGGACCUGCUGAAGAGACAGAUGGAGAGAAUCAAGUCCCGACAGCAGAAGUUUCGCAGAGGGAAAGAGAAGAUGUUGAGCUUGACACAGGACAGCUGCCACAUUGACAUCUGUUGUCAUGGUGAAGAAAACAAGAAGGAUCAGCAACAGAAGAACUGGUGGAGACCCUGGGUUAACCACGCCUCCAUGGUGAGGAGUGGUGACUACUACCUGUUUGAGACCGACAGUGAGGAAGAGGAGGAGGAGGAGGAGAAGAUGGUGGAGGAGAAGGAGGAAGAGGCCAAUGAGAAAUCUGCCUUCCAGUUCGUCUACCACGCCUGGAUCACAGACUCCAGAACAGCAAUGAGAGCUCGCAACGACCAAAAGAAACUCUGGGGGAAACGAAGGAGCAGGAAAGAGGAGAAGAAAGGAGCAGCUGGAGGCAUAGAAGUGACGGAGGAGACGGAGGAGGACAGAGAGGAGGGACCAGACACAGUGUUGCAUCGGUUCUCAAACACACUGCGGUUCUGCUGGGUUCUGCUGUCGGCUCUGCUCGACUCUCUGACUGCCUGGCUCAGCGGCUUGUGUCAAGAGCACAUCGACAUCUCCACCGUCCUUCGCAUUGAGCACUGCAUGUUAACACAACAGGCCAAACAGGGGAAUCUGCCCACCAGAGAGGCAAUCAACAUUUACUAUCAGGAGCAGAUGAUGAACACGUCCAGAGAGUCAGGUCUGGACUACAGUACCCAGGAUGCUGAGGGGCAAGCCUCAGCAGUGAGUGGACAGGAGGAGGGAGCGAAUGAAGAGGGAGUAAGUCCUGAUACAGACGAAGAAGGAGCUGCAGGUCGAACAGCAGAGGAGAAACCAAGUGCAGAACCAAUGUCGAGAACAAAUGAUGAGGAAGAUCCAGAUCUGAAACAAGAUCCAGAGCCAGAAUCAGGAUCUGGUCCUGAUCAACCUGAUGAAAUCUUAGGAGCAGCAGACGCUUCAGGAUUAGAACUAGAGACAGUUCCAGAAAAAGAAGUCCCAGAAUGCACGGCGGCUAAAAACAGCCAGAGAUCACGACCCAAACUGUCCAGGAUGGAGAGGGUCCAAUCUCUGUUGUGUCUGUCGGCAUCAGAGGAAGAAGAGCUGAGUCGGACUCACAGUUGUGAAGAUUGGAACCAACAACAUCCUGUUGACACACAGACAACACACACCUUCACCAGCGCCUCCUCCCUCCUCCUCCCGCCCUCCUACAGCCUCGCACUGGGGCUCGACCUCCGAGGGGAGGAGGGAGGGGAGGGGAGGGAGGGUGUACAGAGGAGAAGGGCGGGGGGGGAGGGGCUGUUGGUUCAGACUCCGGGGGAGACUGGUGACUUCCUGUCUGACUCAGCCUCCACUUCCUGUCCUCUAGCAUCGCGCACCCAGGAGCUGACAGCGAGCGAGCUGCUGAGGAACAGGACUUUCUACAAUGAAGAGCUGGAGGCAUCAGACCGUUUCUAUGGAAACCAGCCACAGCUGCUCACGCUGUGCUAUUCCCUCUACAACAUCCUGGCAGCAAGGUCGGAGACUGUGUGUUACCUGGUCAUCGUUCUGAACCACAUGGUGUCAGCCAGCUGUCUGACCUUGGUACUUCCUGUUCUGGUGUUUCUCUGGGCGAUGCUGUCCGUCCCUCGGCCCAGUAAGACUUUCUGGAUGACGGCCAUCAUCUACACCGAGGUUACCAUCGUCAUUAAGUAUUUCUUCCAGUUCGGUUUCUUCCCAUUUAACCAGAAGCUGGAGGUGGACCGGUCCAAACCGUUCCACCCUCCAAACAUCCUGGGAGUGGAGAAGAAGGAAGGCUACGUCUUGUACGACCUGCUGCAGCUGCUCACUCUAUUCUACCACCGAGCGACGCUCAAGUGCCACGGACUCUGGGACCAGACCGUUACCAUGGAUGCUGACGCUCUCGAUCACCACAACAACCAGACUAACUACGCCGACUGUGCCUCCUCCAGCGAUGUGGCCGACCCCGCCAACACACUGCGACGGCGAGGGAGGAGACGAACACACUCCAGCUCCACCCAGCUGCGCUCUCCUGCAGGCAGUGUGAGUUCCAGACCUCAGCAGCCAGGAAAGUUUGAUUUGUUGCUGGAGAAACUCAGAGAAGUUUCCAUCAGAGCCAAACAGUUCUCUGUUAGCAGGUGUUUGUCAGUUUACCGUCCCGUCUGUCAGUUCUUCAGAGCCCUCGUCCAACCAGAGUACAGCGCCGUCACAGACGUCUACGUCCUCAUGUUCCUCGCCGACACCGUUGACUUCAUCAUCAUUGUCUUUGGCUUCUGGGCCUUUGGAAAACACUCAGCAGCUGCUGACAUCACUUCCUCCCUCUCAGAAGAUCAAGUUCCUGAAGCUUUCCUGGUGAUGGUCCUGAUCCAGUUUGGUACCAUGGUGAUAGACAGGGCUCUGUAUUUAAGAAAGACAGUUUUGGGGAAGUUGGUUUUCCAGGUGAUUCUGGUUUUUGGAAUCCACUUCUGGAUGUUUUUCAUCCUGCCGACAGUCACAGAGAGGCGUUUUAAUCAGAACCUGGUGGCUCAGCUCUGGUACUUCGUGAAGUGUGUUUACUUCGGUCUGUCGGCCUAUCAGAUCCGAUCUGGUUACCCAACACGCGUCCUGGGAAACUUCCUGACGAAGAGUCACAACUACCUCAACCUCUUCCUGUUCCAGGGGUUCCGUCUGGUUCCCUUCCUGACAGAGCUGAGGGCGGUGAUGGACUGGGUGUGGACUGACACCACCUUGUCUCUGUCCUCGUGGAUCUGUGUGGAGGACGUCUACGCCCACUGUUUUGUCUUAAAGUGCUGGAGGGAGUCUGAGAAGAGGUACCCUCAGCCUCGCGGUCAGAAGAAGAAGCGGGUGGUGAAGUACGGGAUGGGCGGUCUGAUCGUUCUCCUUCUGAUCUGUAUUGUCUGGUUCCCGCUGCUCUUCAUGUCGCUCAUCAAGUCUGUGGCCGGAGUCGUGAACCGGCCGCUCGACAUCUCUCUGACCAUCACGCUUGGAGGCUUCCAGCCGAUCUUCACGAUGAGUGCGCAGCAGAAUCAGCUCGGAGAUCUGACUGAGGAAGACUUCAGCUCUUUCAUCAGCUCUUACAGUUACACGCCUAGUGCCUUGCAGUUCUUGGAGGCGUACACGCGUGAGGACGUGACAGUGGCGGAGCUGCAGGGCAGCAGCAAUUCUCUGUGGACCAUCAGCCCCCCGAGCAGGACGUACCUAAGUCAGGUGCUCAACCUGGACCACUUCCCCCUCACCGUCUCCUGGACGGUUCAGAGGAACCUGAGUCUGGGGGCGAAGGCGGAGCUUGCGUCAGGUAAACAUGUGACUUACCUGGAUAAUCAGACUCGUCUGGAGCUUAUCGAGCUGCUGAACGGGACCAGGACACUUCCUGUGGUGAUACAGGAAGUGUUUCCAUGUUUUAUCCGAGCUCCCAGCGACUCCAACGCCAAACCCAUCGAACAGCUUUACGCAGAUGAGCACUACAAGGACAUCUUGCUGGCUCUGGAAAGAUCGACCAAUCAGAGUAGAGAAAUCCAGGAGUGGUGGAUCGUCGACCAACCAGCUGCCAGCUUGGUGCCAGUUCAGGGUGGGGCUUUGCUGACUGACAGGAGGGAGGCGGGGCUUCAGCUGUUUGUGUUCAGUGAUAAAGUCAGUCCUCCAAGUCUCGGCUUCUUGGCUGGAUACGGCAUCAUGGGCCUGUACGCGUCGGUCGUCCUGGUGAUCGGGAAGUUCGUCAGAGAGUUCUUCAGUGGGAUCAGUCACUCGAUCAUGUUCGAGGAGCUGCCGUGUGUCGACCGCAUCCUCAAACUGUGCACCGACGUCUUCCUGGUGAGGGAGACAGGUGAGCUGGAGUUGGAGGAGGAGCUUUACGCCAAACUGAUCUUCCUGUAUCGAUCACCAGAGACUCUGAUCAAAUGGACGCGACGCUGACUGAGCUCAACACGUGGUUCCUUCAACGUUCUUUAAAUGUUUCUCAAGGAACCUCCAGGGGGCCUUCUCCAGACAUUCUCCAGACGUUUGCCAGAUGUUCCCCAGACGUUCUCCAGACGUCCUCCAGACACAACUGCAGAGAACAAAGGAAUCAGUCACUUGAAUGGGAACGUUUGUAGAAUGUUGUUUAAGGUUGAUUUGAUGUGAGAGAAGGUUCUGGAAUGUUUCAGGAACAUUACCCGUUUGCUAGGUGACCAAUAAUAGCAGCUAAGAGGCGGAGCUAAGGCUGACAACCGUCUUCUGAAAUCUGAACUGAUCUCAUUAAGAGUCACACAGCAGACAGUGCUAUUGAAAUAUAGUAUUAAGUAUUGAUAAUUGAUUAUGAAUCACUGCAGGGAUAUAUAUAUAUAUAUAUAUCACAUCCUGGAAAACCUGGAAUUAUUUAAUGGGAUUUUCUAGUCAAGGAAAAGUUCUGGAAAACACCAAAAACAACAAGAGACUGAAACUGAUGAAAUAGUUUUACAGGACAUUUUGAGCGACUUUGCGUGAAGGAUCAAUAACAACUCACAGAUGUUUUCACUCUUUCGUCAUGGCGACCCGUCACACCUGUGCUCAGGUGACAGGUGAGUCAGCGUACAUUGUCCCGCCCUCACAGGAAUCAGGGAGCUGUCAAUCAACUCAGUGUGAACACGGCAACAUAUCGAGGAGAAAAAGUAAAAACGGCAACGAAACACUGGAAUGUGAAGCAGUGAAUAUUUACUUCACGUCGCCACCUGGUGACAGGAAACUGGAAUAAUGUGUUUGUGAUGUUACCUGUGAACUUUAGUGAACUUGUAAAAAAAAAUAAAAGACGACAGUGAUGAUGUCACACUAGAGGAAA